AGCAAAUUAGGGCAUUGACGCAGUGUUGAUUUCACUCGUCUGGGGGCCGUAGCCAGGGGAAAAGAAUCACAGCAAACUGCGUUUGAUCAUUCCAUCGUUGGUGGUGACGAAUUUUCCAAGGAUCGACCUAAUUUAGAUGUUUUCAGAUUAUACCAGUAACACGUUCUGCCAGUUUAGCGAGGUUGUGUAACUUUUUGAACCACAAUGAAGCUUCCCAGGCUGUCUGUGAUCGGUCUUCUCAAGCGACAGGUGCUGAAUCCCACCGUCCCACAACGCACAUUGCGGGCUGUAGCUUGGAGCGAUGCCGACUUUCAAGAGGCUAAACCGUUUGGUGAGGUACCCGGACCGAAGGGUGUAUACAAUUUGCCGUUGAUUGGACCCAUGUUACACUUCAAACCGUUUACCAACCACACUCAGGAAACAGUUUUCAAGUUGUUUAAUGAGAUGGUUGACAAGUACGGACCCUUGGUUCGAGUCAAUCUUGGAGACUGGGUGGUGUUAGCGGAGGAUGUGGCUGAUAUUGAAAUUAUCAUGAAGAAUGAGGGCAAAUAUCCAAAACGCAACGAUUUCCCGAUUCACAAGAUGUUUUGCGAGAAAACCGGUUUCCAGAAGGGUGUAGCCCACCUGGAUGGUAUUGAAUGGCAGCAACUAAGAAGUCCCGUUAAUUCCCGAAUGAUGCGUAAGCAAUCUGCACAGUACUAUCUGCCGGCUCAGAACGAGGUCGCCGAUGAAUUGGUUUCACUAAUACAAAACGGCGAGUUCAAGCAAGACAACAUACUCGACCUAUUUUUCAAGUACGCUUGCGAAAGUAUAACUGUCGUUGCCUUCAAUAAACGACUUGGAUACCUGAGUCCUGAUGUUGACAAGUACCCUGAGAAAGUCCAGGCGCUCGACGACAUACAGACGUUGUUUCGGAUACUCAAUACUUCUUUAGGUAUACCGCCAUUUAUCCUGAAGAACUUUCCCUUGAAGAUGACAAGAAAAUACAACGAAGUGGCCAGUCGCAUGGUGAAUAUAACCCAGGACUAUUAUGAAGCCACAAUGACUGACAUAAAGAAAAGACAAGCAGAAGGAACUCUAAACCCUGAAGAAAAUAACUUCAUGUUGUCCUUGAUGACGACUGACAAGAUGACAGUGGGUCAGAUGGGCUCCAUUGCUUUGGAUCUGUUUGCUGCUGGCACAGAUUCGACUGCGAGGAACCUUCAGAUAAUGCUGUACACUUUGGCUCGGAACCCUGACAAGCAACAAAAACUGUACGAAGAAGUUAUGGAAGUCAUGGGGCCGUCCGGACCAAUGACCAUGGAAUCGUUGGCAAAUAUGCCCUAUCUUCUGGCCUCCCUUAAAGAAACGUUCAGAAUACAGCAUCCAACGGCAUCAGGAACGCAGCGCUUCAUUUCCAAUGACGUAAUUCUCCAAGGAUACCGGAUACCUGCUGGGACAUCUGUUGUACUGAUGAACCAGAGGACUGUGAAGAACAAGAAGUAUUUCCCAGACCCCGAGGUAUUCCGCCCAGAACGUUGGAUGCGGGAUGAGGAAGGGUUGCGAUCUACUCCCAUCCCCACAGCAGCAUUACUUCCGUUUGGAUUUGGACCAAGGCAGUGCCUAGGAAAGAGAUUCGCUGAGCAGGAAAUAUACCUUGCUGUUACAAAGUUGAUCCAGAAGUUCGAGAUAUCUCUGGAGACUGGACACGAGGACAUCGAAGUAUUUUACAAUCCUUUCCUUGCAACGAGGGACCCGAUCAGAUUUGUGUUCACGAGCCGCUGAGAGUGACAGAUUCUAUAUGGUACUUGAUAGUUUACAUGUCAGUGGAGAUUAUUUUUAUAGCCAUUUGUCUUCCAUGCUACGUCAUCCUGUGACACACGUAUUAGCUAAACCUCUCUUCCAGAGUAUCACAAAUUUUACACGAAGACAACAUCAGUUAUUACAGAACCCGUAGCAAGCUAAGGUAUUUUCAAUGUAUUGUUUCAAGUAAAUAAUACCCUUACUAGUGACUCUGGCGUAUGAGAUGUCACAUACGAUGAAUUGGUCAGGGGUAGUUUUCAACGAUUUUCUCAUCUCAGUUUGAAUAUGGACUUGGAGUUUGAAAUAUACCGAAAUUACCCGAACUGUAUGUAUCAAAUAUAUACAUGAUUGUCACGUAAGAUUUCUAAAGAAAGUACGAACGCUACGGGAUUGAUAAAACACUCCUGUGAUCUCGAACAAAUAACUGGACCUGAGUUUUUGCAAUAUCACUGUACAUCCUAUAUAGACACAACCGUUAAUCAUGAAUUGUCAUAUUUUACACAUGGAGGUGGAAGGAGAUCUGGACAAAA